AUGGAUGCCAAUCUCCUCGCCGCCGUCCCCAACGCCAAUGUUGCAUUGGGCCUGGCGGCCACUGCCAUUGCUCUCUACUCUCUGUAUUCCUACCUUCUCCCAAAGCCUAUUCCCGGUAUCCCCUACAAUGCCGCGGCCGCCAAGAACCUCCUUGGUGAUGCCCCGGACAUGUUCCGCUCCGUCAUCGUCACCAAGGAAAUCAUGGCCUGGAUGGCCGAGCAGUCCCGGAAGCUGAACGCGCCCCUGUGUCAGGUAUUCGUCCGGCCUUUUGCGCGACCAUGGCUGCUCCUCGCCGACUGGCACGAAGCACAGGACGUGCUCCUCCGCCGCGGCAAGGACUUUGACCGGUCCGCGUUCUCGAGCGACUUGCUGGCACCAGCGGGUGCCUUUCACAUUCGCUUCAAGACUGGAGACCAGUGGCGCGCGGCGAGGAAAUGGCUGACAGACCUCAUGUCUCCGAAUUUUUUAAAUAACGUCGCUGGCCCGGCGAUUUAUGCGCGGACGCAGGACCUUGUCGGUCUCUGGCAGCUCAAGGAAAAGCUGGCGGAGGGGGAUACAUUUAGCGCCAAGGAAGAUAUUGACCAUGUCGCGCUCGACGGCAUCCUUGCCUUUAUUUUUGGCGAGAAACUCAACAUUUCCGCGACAAGGGCGCAGAUUGAAACGCUGCAGCGUUGCGAGCUGCGCCUCGACAUUGGUCGCUCUCUAGAAGAAAAGUACACCAGCUUCCCCCACGGGUGCUUGCACGAAUUUCUCCAGGCUGCCUCGCAGGGGACUGCCGUCAUCGAGCAAAUCAUCAACUCGCCCAUGCCGAAUUGGACGUUUUGGUGGAUGAAGAAGACCGGAUCAUACAAAGACACAAUGUGCACCAAGGACGUGUACGUGCGCAAACAGGUCAGGGAGUCUGUAGCGCGAAUGUACUCCUCCGAACCUGGCGAGGCCUCGCAGAUUCGUUCGGCAGUGGAUCACAUCGUGAGGCGAGAGCGAAUGCUUGCGGAGAAGCAAGAUAGACAGCCUGACUUUGACGGUCAACAGUUGAUUGACGAGAUCUUUGGCAACGUCGUCGCUGCCCACGACACCACGAGCUCGAACCUCAUCUGGAUCUUGAAAUACCUCACGGACAUGCCUCACGUCCAAGACAAGGUCCGCACAGCUCUGCACAAAGCCUAUCCCGAAGCUGCCUCCGAAGGCCGCCAGCCCACCGCCGCCGAGCUCGUGCAGGCCAAGGUUCCCUAUCUCGACGCCGUGGUCGAAGAGGCUCUCCGCCUCAGCCCCAUCAGCGUUACUCGCGAGGCUCUCCACGACACCGAGCUCCUGGGCCACCACAUCCCCAAGGGUACCGUCGUCUUCCUUCUCGCCAACGGCGCAUCCUUCCUCGAUCCCGCUUUCCCCAUUUCCGAAAAGCAGCGCAGCGCAUCGUCGCAAGCUGCCUCGCCGAAUACAUGGGAUGAGUCUGUGGACCUGCGCGCUUUUUACCCCGAGCGCUGGCUGCGGAAUGAUGAGAGCGGGAAUGUCGUGUUUGAUCCCACCGCUGGGCCGCAGUUGGCGUUUGGUAUGGGCUCGCGGGGGUGCUUUGGCAAGAAGCUAGCGUAUCUGGAGGCAAGAAUCAUUGUUACGAUGAUUGCGUGGAAUUUCGAGCUGCUACCUGUGGACAAGGAGUUGUCUGGGUAUGGAGCGACGGAUGGAAUUGCCCAUAGGGCGACGCAGUGUUAUGUCAAGAUUAAGAGCAUUCGUCGAUGA